GCAAACAACGAACGACGGUACAUAACACCCCCCCUUUCUUUCUGAUAAAAAUGGCGGCAUUUCUCCGAGCCUUGAGCGCCGCUGCAGCUCUCCCCGCCGCAGCCGCCGCAGUUUCUCUCUCCUCCUCCUCCUCCUCCUCCUCCUCCUCUUUGUUCCCAUCUAGGGUUUACUCUCCCUCCCCCUCCUCUCUCUACUCCUCUUCUUCGACACCCAAAACACUCGCGCCCGCCACAAGAAACCCUAGCCCCCGCCCCUUCGCCACCGUAAGCAUGGUUUCGCCAUCGACCGAGCUUAAGAACCCUGAUCAGAGGGACGGGGCUCUUCAGGAACUUUUGACCGAAUUCAUGGUGGACAUGAAAUGUGAAGGGUGUGUUUCAUCAGUGAAGAGCAACCUUCAAAAACUUGAUGGUAUAAAAAAUGUUGAUGUUGAUUUAAGUAAUCAGGUGGUGAGGGUCCUUGGAUCUCUACCUGUCAAGACCAUGUUAGAUGCUCUGGAACAAACCGGACGAAGUGCACGAUUGAUUGGACAAGGCAACCCCAAUGAUUUUCUUAUUUCUGCUGCUGUUGCUGAGUUCAAGGGUCCAGUUAUAUUUGGUGUCGUACGGUUGGCUCAAGUUACAAUGGAAUUGGCUAGAAUUGAAGCCAGUUUUAGUGGCUUGUCACCUGGUAAGCACGGUUGGUCCAUAAACGAGUUUGGGGAUUUGACCAGAGGUGCAGCGAGUACUGGGAAAGUAUUUAAUCGGCCAAAUCAUGCAUCUGAGAAGCCCCUUGGUGACCUGGGAACACUAGAAGCUGACGAGAGGGGAGAAGCCAACUUCUCAGGCGCGAAAGAGAUGCUUAAAGUUUCCGAGCUAAUUGGCCGUUCCAUAGUGGUGUACGAGACUGAAGACAAAUCAGACCCCGGCAUUGCGGCUGCGGUGGUUGCAAGAAGCGCAGGGGUUGGCGAGAACUACAAGAAGAUAUGCACUUGUGAUGGUGUCACCAUAUGGGAAUCGCGCUAGAUUUUGUCGUUAUGUUUCAUCUGAUGUCUGAUCAAGUACUACUAUCUAACUUCUCCCCCACUUCCCCUUUGUCUUAUUGUGUUACUGUAUAAUUAUAGGUCAUGUAAAAGUGUAUGAGAGAAGCAAUUUGUCCAAUAAAAGCACAUCUGGUUACUCUUUCUGAGCCAUGUUUUAA